UCCAUCGUGUGCACCUUCUUUUGUUCGUUCUCGAGGGCCAGAUGGCGCGAAAGCCUGUUACCUUUCCUCUCCCUCUCCUCAUCGCCUUCAUCUUCCCCUCCCUUCUCCUCCUCAUCGCCGGCCGAUGCGCCGAUGGCCGCCCGAUAUCGCCGCUGGCAGAGGAAGAAGCGUUCGAUCUGCCCAUCUCCGACGGAUUCUCUGGCCGCACCGACGCGGCUUACGAGUAUGGCCCUUUUCUUGUCCUCCCUCGGGGGAGCGCCACGGAGUCGUGUGAGCCCACGUACGGGUUCCUUCCUUGCACCACCACGGUCGUCGGAAACUUGUUCCUCGUGUUGGUGUACGGGUUCUUGAUGUUUAAGGCGGCGACGUACCUCUCGUCCGGGAGCGAGCUGCUGCUUCAGAUCUUGGGCCCUGGGAUCGUGGGCGGUCUCUUCCUCCCGAUUCUUGGGGCUCUCCCCGACGCCAUGCUUAUUCUUGUAUCUGGUCUAUCUGGGAGCAAAGAAACCGCUCAAAGUCAAGUCUUGAUUGGAAUGGGUUUGCUUGCUGGAUCAACUGUGAUGCUUUUAACCUUACUCUGGGGUUCUUGUGUUGUUGUUGGGAAAUGCGAUCUUUCUGAUAGUUCUACUUCGGUAGAUUUACAAGAUACCAGAGGUUUCAGUCUGUUUGCAUCUGGUAUUUCUACUGAUGUUCAAACGAGCUAUGCUGCAAGGAUCAUGGCUAUAUCUGUUGUUCCAUUUAUUAUUGUUCAACUACCAAGAGUUUUCAAGUUUCCUUCUGGACAACGUUUAGCAGUCUUGGUUGCACUCAUUGUUGCAAUUGCACUUUUGCUGUCUUACUGCUUGUAUCAGGUCUUGCAGCCAUGGAUUCAGAGGAGAAGACUGGAGUUUGCUAAGCAUAGGCUUGUGAUGUCAGGAAUUCUAAAACAUGUUCAUACGCAAUCCCUUGGACAUCUGAUGGAUGACUAUGGAAAGCCGAAUUUACAUGUCAUCAAAAAGUUAGUUCUUUUAUCUAGCAUUUGUCACGUUUCCAAGAUCUCUACAUCUUUGAGCUAUCAUUUCAAUAUGUUUUUAUGCAGGCUGUUCCAUAAAGUAGAUCUGGAUAAAAAUCAAUCAAUAUCACGUUCUGAGUUGAGAGCACUUAUCAUAGGACUUAAGAUGGGUGAAAUAGAUUUGGAUAAGGACGGCGCUGUAGAUAAAGUGAUGAAUGAGUUUGAUACAUCACGCGAUGACAAUAUUCAAGAAGAAGAGUUUAUUGAGGGUAUCUCGAAAUGGAUUGAUGAGGCAUACCGGUCUGUCGCAUUUUCUGGUUCUUACUCACAGAAGUUGCAUCAUUUCCACAUGAAAGCAAGGAAUGAACACAAUAUGCUUCAUGAUCAGAGUGAGGAAGCUGCGGAUGGUACUGGAAGUCCAGCAUGGAUAUGCUUUAAAGCAAUUCUGCUUUUGGUUCUUGGAACUUUUAUUGCAGCUGUUUUCGCAGAUCCUCUUGUAGAUGCUGUUGAUAAUUUCUCAAGUGCUACGAAGAUACCUUCCUUUUUCAUAUCUUUCAUUGCCAUGCCAUUGGCGACCAACUCUAGCGAGGCUGUCUCAGCAAUUAUUUUUGCCAGCCGAAAGAAGCAAAGAACUGCCUCACUCACAUUUUCCGAGAUAUAUGGUGGGGCGACGAUGAACAACGUUCUGUGUCUGGCCGUGUUUCUGUCCCUCGUCUACGUGAGACACUUGACGUGGGACUUCUCGGCUGAGGUGCUGGUCAUUCUCGUUGUUUGCAUUGUGAUGGGCAUCUUCACCAGCCUACGUACCACAUUCCCCCUGUGGACGUGCUUUGUUGCCUUCUUGUUGUAUCCGCUCUCGCUGGUUCUCGUUUAUGUGCUGGACUUCGUCUUUGGGUGGUCAUAGAUUUUCAUAUUUAUUACCUAAGUAAGGCCUGGCAUAUACCGGUGUUUGUAUUUGGUUAAAAUCUGGCAGAUAUUACCGAGUGUUUUAUUUUUA